ACAACUAUUUUUGUUUUUACAUUAUAUUGUGAAAAACAAUUACUAUUGACACCAUAUAUCAAAUCGGGUGAUAUAGCAAAAGCCCGAUCACUUAGUCGGGUGACAGCACUACCCAAUGCACCCAAAAUUGAAUCCUAUACCGGCUUCAUAACAAUUGACGAGAAUUAUAACAGUAAUACGUUUUUCUGGUUUAUUCCCGCUUUUAAAAACCCGAAAACGGCACCGGUAUUGGUAUAUCUUGAGGGUGGGCCCGGUGCCUCUUCUAUAAUGUCAAUGUUUAUGUGGGGACCACUUGUAAUUAGCGAUAAAUUAAAUGUCACUAUAAAUUCAUAUUCAUUAAGUCAGGAAUUUUCAAUUAUUUAUGUGGAUAAUCCCGUUGGAACAGGAUUUAGUUAUACAAACGAUUCCAAUGGAUAUUGUAAAGAUCAACAAACUAUUGCUCAAAAUUUAUAUGAAUUUAUUCAACAGUUUUAUAUAGUAUUUGAUGACUACAGAAGCAAUGAUUUAUAUAUUGGCGGACAAUCUUAUGCAGGAAAAUACGUGCCAUCAUUUGGUCACUACUUAAUACAAAUGUCACACAUUUCUAAACUUAAUUUUAAAGGCAUACUCGUAGGUAAUGGUUGGACUGAUCCUAUAAAUCAAAUAUCUUAUGAUAAAACACUGUUAAGUUUGGGAUUAAUCGAUGAAAAUGAAGCAAAAGAAGUGAAACAAUUACAACAAAACAUAAAAAAUUGCACAAAAUCUAAGGAUUAUCGCAAAGCUUUUGAAUGGGAAGAACAGUUAUUGACAUCAAUAGAAAAACCUAGUUAUCUAACCAACACAACCGGUUACCAACAGUUUUAUGAUAUUCAUCAGUCGGAAGAUAUAAAGGGGUUUAUAAAUGUCGACCAAUAUUUGACACAAAAGUCGGUUCGCAAUGCCAUUCAUGUCGGAGAUGUUGUUUAUAACUUAUCGAGUUCUGUGGUUAUGAAGUAUAUGGAGGAAGAUAUAUAUAAAACGGCUGAACCAAACCUAACGGCAAUCAUAGACAGCGGAUCCAAAGUAUUAUUAUUUACCGGAAAUUUUGAUAUAAUUGUUGGCAUUGAGUCUACCAAUGGAUUACUUUUCAAUAAAAAUUGGAAAUAUUAUAACGAUUACAAUAAAGCCAAACGAAACAUUUGGAGAGUCAAUGCAAACGACACACAAAUAGCCGGUUAUGAAAAAAGUUUUGAUAACUUUAGUCAUGUGAUCGUACGUAAUGCCGGUCACUGUUCAAUGUUAGACCAGCCCAGGGCUACACUAGAUAUGGCCAAUAGAUUCAUCAAAUCUAUACCUUUUGGACAGUAA